UUCCCAAUGAGAAAAAAAAAAACAAUUAAUCAUUUAUAGUUUUCUUGGUUAAAAUGGUGGCAAUUCUGAAGCUCUCUAUUCUCAAACACUUCAUCACUUUGAAGAAUAGCAUAUCACCAUGAGUGAGUUCAAUGACAACCAUGCUCCUCCUCAAGUUUACCUUACUUCACUUGCACUAGAUGGUUAUACAACUCCUCCUCCUCCACCAGGUUAUCCUAUGAAUGAUAGAGUAGCAAUUGCAACCAAUCAACAGACAAUGCCAAUUGAAACUAAGAACCGUGGUGAUAAUUUCUGGAAAGGAUGCCUUGCUGCUUUAUGCUGUUGCUGUGUGUUGGAUUGCUGCUUUUGAAGAAUAAUACUUAAUUCUCAAUAAUAAUCAAUAUUUUAUGUUGUUACUUUUUCCUUGUACUGUCCUCUUAAAUAAUUAUGAACUCUAUUUGUAUUUUUAUUAAUAAUUAAUGUUUGUAUGGUGUUACAUAU